CGGAAGCAUUUAUCAUAGUAAUUCAUAACUGCGAGUUAAAAUAGUGGUUCGGGUCGCAAAGAGAAAGAAGGAAGGGUUCCGAUCGAGAUAAUAGGCGCAAACAUGGCGGCACUGCCCAAAGCCAAGGAGAUUGUUUCGUCGAACCCCGUCGUCGUUUUCAGCAAAUCGUAUUGUCCGUUCUGCGUUGAUGUGAAGAAGCUUUUGACUAAACUGGGAGCCAACUAUAAGGUCAUUGAGCUCGAUUCUCAAAGUGAUGGAGGUGAGAUUCAAUCUGCAUUAGCUGAGUGGACAGGUCAACGAACAGUGCCAAAUGUGUUUAUUGGAGGAAAUCACAUCGGUGGUUGUGAUGACACAACUGCAUUGCACAAUCAAGGGAAGCUGGUAUCUUUGCUAACUUCGGCUGGGGCUCUUGCUGCUGCUACUUCUACUUGAAAGGAGCGCAAAAGCUGUCAUGUAGUUAUCAAUAUUAACUACUAUAAUAAGGAACAGGUUCAACUGUCCGGUGGGACUUUGGAUUAUGCAUAAUAAUCCUUGAAACUCUAAUUUAUUUUCCUCAUUGUAGCCGUUGGAACAUCUUUUCUAUCAAUCAUAAUAAUUGAAUGAAAA